GCGGCUCCCCCAGGACCCGGCGCGGGCGGCGCGAUGCGGCGGGUGACCCUGUUCCUCAACGGCAGCCCCCGGAACGGGAAGGUGGUUGCUGUAUAUGGAACUUUAUCUGAUUUGCUGUCUGUGGCCAGCAGUAAACUCGGCAUAAAAGCCACCAGUGUGUAUAAUGGGAAAGGUGGACUGAUUGACGAUAUCGCCUUGAUCAGGGAUGAUGAUGUUUUGUUUGUGUGUGAAGGAGAACCAUUUAUUGAUCCUCAGACAGAUUCUAAACUACCUGAAGGGCUGUCGGGAUCUCACACAGACUGGCUAACAUUAAAUGUUGGAGGGCGGUACUUUACAACUACACGGAGCACUUUAGUGAAUAAAGAACCCGACAGUAUGCUGGCCCACAUGUUUAAGGACAAAGGUGUCUGGGGGAAUAAGCAAGAUCAUAGAGGAGCUUUCUUAAUUGAUCGAAGUCCCGAGUACUUUGAACCCAUUUUGAACUAUUUGCGUCAUGGACAACUCAUUGUAAAUGAUGGCAUUAAUUUAUUAGGUGUAUUAGAAGAAGCCAGAUUUUUUGGUAUUGAUUCAUUGAUUGAACACCUAGAAGUGGCUAUAAAGAAUUCCCAACCACCAGAGGAUCAUUCACCAAUAUCUCGAAAAGAAUUUGUCCGAUUUCUGCUAGCUACUCCAACCAAGUCUGAAUUGCGUUGCCAGGGUUUAAACUUCAGUGGUGCUGAUCUUUCUCGUUUGGACCUUCGAUACAUUAACUUCAAAAUGGCCAAUUUAAGCCGAUGCAAUCUUGCACAUGCUAAUCUCUGCUGUGCAAAUCUUGAACGAGCUGAUCUCUCUGGAUCAGUGCUUGAUUGUGCAAAUCUCCAGGGAGUCAAGAUGCUCUGUUCUAAUGCAGAAGGGGCAUCCCUGAAACUGUGUAAUUUUGAAGAUCCUUCUGGUCUUAAAGCCAAUUUAGAAGGUGCUAAUCUGAAAGGUGUGGAUAUGGAAGGAAGUCAAAUGACAGGAAUUAACCUGAGAGUUGCUACCUUAAAAAAUGCUAAGUUGAAGAACUGUAACCUCAGGGGAGCAACUCUAGCAGGAACUGAUUUAGAGAACUGUGAUCUAUCUGGGUGUGAUCUUCAAGAAGCCAACCUGAGAGGUUCCAACGUGAAGGGAGCUAUAUUUGAAGAGAUGCUGACACCACUACAUAUGUCACAAAGUGUCAGAUGAGAAUUCUAGGACCAGAUGCCCAAGAUGAAAAAUAUUUUUCUUACCACUUUCAAUUUCUCCACCCACUCAGUUGAGAAGAAAUAACACUGUAAGGGAAU